CAAAACUGAACAGCCAAGCCAAUUUUUCAUGAUCCUUAUCUUGCUAUCCAAGAGAAAGGCAGCUGAAAAUUCACAUGCACAACAACACAAGCACUUUUGCAAAAAGUGUAAUGAAAUAAAUAUGUCACCGCUCUGGAUAAACGUCCUUUUUCCAAUCUUUCACAGGAAACAACUCAAAGCUUCUCCGUGUCCUUUACUUUUUAGUCUUUCUUUCAUCCUCUUUUGGAAACUUCAUUCAUAAAUUUGCCAUACUUCAAGUCUUUCUUCACAACAAAUUAAAACAAAAAAACUGAGUUUCUGACAAACCUCACAUUCAUGGCUUAUAAUCAAGAAGAGCAAAUUCUAUAUCCUUUGGAUUCAACAUGCUAUAGAAUUCUCGAUGAGAUUGGUAGAGGUGUUAGUGCUAUUGUGUACAAGGCGAUUUGUCUUCCUAUGAACUCUUCUGUUGUAGCUAUCAAAGCCAUUGAUCUUGAUCAAUCAAAAGCUGAUCUCGACAACAUUAGACACGAAGCGAAAACCAUGUCACUUCUUUCUCAUCCAAACAUCCUUAAAGCACACUGUUCCUUCACUGUCGAUCGUUGUCUUUGGGUUAUCAUGCCUUUUAUGUCAGCUGGUUCUCUUCAAUCCAUCAUUUCCUCAUCUUUCCCUGAUGGUUUAUCUGAGCCCUGUAUCGCGAUAGUCCUCAAAGAAACGCUUAACGCGUUGGCGUACCUUCAUAAUCAAGGCCAUCUUCACCGUGAUAUUAAAUCAGGGAAUAUCCUGAUAGAUUCUGAUGGAACUAUAAAGCUCGCGGAUUUUGGAGUAUCUGCAUCGAUCUACGAGCCAAUUUCAGCUUAUGGCUCGUCAUAUUCUUCCUCCUCUUCGUGUUUAAUGUUCACUGAUAUGGCUGGUACGCCUUAUUGGAUGGCUCCUGAAGUGAUACAUUCGCAUACAGGUUACAGUCUCAAGGCUGAUAUUUGGUCUUUUGGUAUUACUGCUCUUGAAUUAGCACAUGGAAGGCCUCCAUUAUCUCAUCUUCCUCCUUCAAAGUCCUUAUUCAUGAAAAUCACUAAGCGAUUUCGGUUUUCUGAUUAUGAGAAAACUAAAAACAGCAAGGAUUACAAGAAAUUCUCAAAGGCUUUUAAGGAUAUGGUAGGAUUGUGUCUUGAUCAGGAUCCAUUCAGAAGGCCAUCAGCAGAGAAGCUGUUAAAGCAUCCUUUCUUUAAAAGCUCUAAUAAAGGCCCUGAUUUUUUGGUUAAGCAUAUUUUGCAGGGCUUGCCAAGUGUAGAACAGAGGUUCAGACAAGUAAAGAUUCAGAGACUUUUUUCCUUGAAGAAAUCUGAUGAAGACAAUGAUGAGGAGGAUGAUCCAGUACAGGGAGAAAUUUCUAAACAAAGAAGGAUAAGUGGAUGGAAUUUCAAUGUGGACGGGUUCGAACUGGAUCCAGUACUUUUUCCAGCUGAAAAAGAUCAAGAAAUUAGUAGCCUAAAACCAGAUAAUGUUGAUGAUGCGGUGAAGCAAGUCGAUGUAUCGGAAUUGUUUUCCGAUACAUCGACUAUAAGUUCACCAGGAGGUUCGCGCCAGUCGUCUGAGGUUGAAGGCGCUAUUGUUUGUAGUGUAGAUAGAAAAAAUCAUGGUGAAAUUGGGGCUGCAGGGAGUGUUAGUAGGGAAGUGAUGUUGGCUAGCUUAUUGUUUCUGAAGAAGAGUUUGGAUGAUCAAAGACAAAAUGUAAUGAACUUGAUCAGCAUUUUUCAUGGGGAACUACAUGUUAUGGAAGUUAAUAGGAAAGACAAUUUGAUUGAGGUGAUUGAUAAGCUGAGAAAUGAAGUGGAGAAUGAAAAGAAGAAAAAUUCUGCUUUGCAGCUCGAGAUAGAAUUUCUGAAGUCUCAAUAUUCGAAUGAGUAGUAGUAGAUAGUAUAUGUAUUGUAUAUUUGUAUUCCUAGAAAGUUUAGUUAUAUAAGCUUCUCAUAAGUUGUUGAACUGAUAUGAGCUAAAAUGGAGGGAUGAACCACGAGAGUUCUUGUAGCCGAUUCCAACUCACUUGGGAUUGAGACGUAGUUAUUGUUAUAAGCUUCUAUUAUGUUUUUGUGCUAUGUAAAUGCCUAUUCACUAAUCAAGUUAAAACGGCAAUGCAGA